AGCGGCCCGGAAGCUGGCGUGCGGAGGCUUCGGCGGCGGCAACGGCGCGCGGGAGUCCUGAGGCGGGAUUUCCGGCGGCGUUCGCGAGCGUCUUCCGGCCACGCGCGAGGGUGGUCCGGCCGAUCUCCGGGACAUGAAGCCCCCUGGACCCCGAGGUUGGACUCUGCUGUGACACGCCCACCAUGCGGGCGCUCCUGGGCACGCUCUGGCUUGCUCUGGCUUGCAGCUCUGUUCACGCCACCCUGUCAAAGUCAGAUGCCAAAAAGGCCGCCUCGAAGACGCUGCUGGAGAAGACUCAGUUUUCAGGCAAGCCUGCCCACGAGCGGGGCCUGGUGGUGACGCAGCUCAGAGCCGAGGAUGUGGUUCUCGAGCAUCGCAGCUACUGCUCUGCGAAGGCCCAGAAGAGGCACUUUGCUGGGAACGUCCUGGGCUACGUCACGCCAUGGAACAGACAUGGCUACGACGUGGCCAAGAUCUUUGGGGGCAAGUUCACUCACAUCGCACCCGUGUGGCUGCAGCUGAAGAGGCACGGCCGCGAGAUGUUCGAGGUCACGGGCCUCGACGACGUGGACCAAGGGUGGGUGCGGGCAGUCAGGAAGCAGGCCAAGGGCCUACGUAUAGUGCCUCGGCUCCGGUUUGAGGACUGGACGUACGAGGAUUUUCACAACGUCCUGGACAGCGAGGACGAGAUAGAGGAGCUCAGCAGGACCGUCGUCCAGGUGGCCAAGAGCCAGCACUUGGACGGCCUGGUGGUGGAGGUCUGGAACCAGCUGCUGGUCCAGAAGCACGCGGGCCUCAUUCACCUGCUCACACACGUGGCGGAGGCGCUGCACCAGGCCCGGCUGCUGGCCUUCUUGGUCAUCCCACCCGCGGUCACCCCCGGGACAAACAAGCUCGGCAUGUUCACGCACAAGGAGUUUGAGCAGCUGGCCCCUGUGCUGGAUGGCUUCAGCCUCAUGACCUACGACUACUCCACAGCGCAGCAGGCUGGCCCCAACGCGCCGCUGUCCUGGGUGCGAGCCUGCGUCCAGGUCCUGGACCCCAAGUCCAAGUGGCGCAGCAAGAUCCUGCUGGGGCUCAACUUCUACGGCAUGGACUACUCGGCCUCCAAGGACACCCGCGAGCCCGUCCUCGGGGCCAGGUACAUCCAGAUGCUGAAGGACCACAGGCCCCAGAUCGAGUGGGACAGCCAGGCCGCAGAGCACUUCUUCGAGUACAAGAAAAGCCGGGGCGGGAGGCACGUCGUCUUCUACCCGACCCUGAAGUCCUUGCAGGUGCGGCUGGAGCUGGCCAAGGAGCUGGGCGUCGGGCUGUCCAUCUGGGAGCUGGGCCAGGGCCUGGACUACUUCUAUGACCUGCUGUAGCCUGGCCUGGAGCUGGGGGGCGCUUUUGCAAGAAGAGGGACUGACGUGCAAAAUACAGACUCUUUUCCA